UUUCACAAUUUAAAUGGUAACAUUGCUCUGCUGAAAAUUUACGAGAAUUACCUUAUACCAAGUGUGCAAUUUCGUGGUCGACGACGUCGGCCGUGGUAUUGGUAUACAAUUACAAAAAUAUAACGUGUAUAAUAAUUAUACCAUUUACCGAGCCGCGGCUGGCAGAGCGCAGCGCACGCGGCACACCGCAGUCGCGAUGUGCGCACUCGAUCGAGUGAUGGUAAGGCGACGAACGAAGGGAAUCAUCAUAAGGUUAACCAACCCGCGGUGUAUGUCGUCUGUACACCAACACGACCGACCAUUAAGCGGCUAAGCGGUGGCAGUUGCUGCUGCUGGUCAAUCGUUACGAUAUUAUACAUAAAUAUAUUGUUCGUUCCGAGUAACGACUCACGAUGACGACGGCACAUUAAUUAUAAUACAAUAUAAUAUAUUAUUAUUAAUUGUUACGAAGAGCGCGCGUUGGGUGACGCUAUUACACAACAAUUUACACCUACAUCACAGUGGUUCCAAAACGGUGGAGAUACCAGCUGCACCAUUGGCGCUCCAAGUCUCCGCACGUUCUUCGGUGGUCCGCAUUUGGAUAUCACCGCCGAUCUGAGUGGAUUCUGUCCAAUAGAUCACGACAUCCAUCACUGUCCAUCAGUCAUCGGUAUUCGGUACGACAACAAUAAUAAAAUUUCGAUAAUAUUAUUGAUUAUAAUACGCACGGUGGAGACAUUCUCAGAGAGCGCAUUAUUCUUCUGAAGACAUUGGUUUGGCGGGACCGGUGAAAGUUUGCCGAAGGGGCAGGUAGGGGUCUCAGCCGUCGCCCGACGACCCACUGACGACGUCGGCAGCGGGUACGCGCCCACUUGUUAGUUGUUAGUUGUCGUACUGCCACGCGGGCCUUCUGUUCCGCGGUUCCGCUGAGUAGUCGCACGAAAGCUCAGCAAAAAUAAUUCACGGUGGUAAAUGUAAUAUACACGUAUAUAGUAGUAGUGGUAUAUUACUAUAUAUACACAUUAUACGGAAAACACGGUAUCGAGACCCGCCGAGGUUGGCAACAGUGCGGCCCGAUAUUGCAUGUACCGAUCGGUGAUCAUGCGUGAUUUCGUUCACCGAAGAACAUCUUCGCCGCCGCCGUUUGCGUCGUUACGUCUUUAGCGCCGCCGAAAGCGCUGCCUCCGUCGUGCCGUCCCGCACGCACCACCGUUGUCCGUCGCUCUUCGGACCGAUUUCGUGUUUUGCCUUCGAGCUUUUUCCGUAUUCCAUGUCCGAGGCACGUCCAAGCAAGUCCGCCGUGUAAGUUUCCCGGGCCACUGAAGCCAAUCAAAUUUGGAGGUCUGGGAACCAUGGACGCCUAAGAAGAACUAGAUACUUGCAGUUACUGAAUUUAUAAACAUGAACCACUUAAAAGAUAGAAAGCCUAGUAGGCCUGAUAUUCAAGAAAUUUUAUCUAGAAUGAAGAGUCGAUUUAGCAAUGAAGGAGAUUCAGAUAAUGAUGAUAUGGCUAAUGAAGAAAAUAUGGUGACAACAAGUGUAAUUGAAACUACUAUAAAAGAAGAAUUUCCUGUAGCAAAAAGUCCAGAUGAUGAGAUUGCAGAACUCAUGCUAAAAUUAAAUGGACAAGUGGAUGAAGAGUUAGUAGCUAGUAUUAGAUCUAGAAAGAAAAUGUAUGAAAACCAAUCUGAAGUCGAUAGUACGUCAACUACAAAUAAUUCUGAUGAAACCGAACAUGAAAAACCUAGAAUCAUCUUGACAUUGAGACCAAAUGAAAAUAAACCUGAUUCUUAUGUGAGUUCUAGCAAUCUUACCGAUUAUAGUUCUAAUAGCCCAAAAAGAAAAAAACAAAUCAACAAUGUUAACCCUGAAGUUAUACCUCUCAAAAGAUCUUCAAGAAGGUCUAACAACAGUAAUCAAUCAGUGUUGAAAUCUGCUAUUGCUCGAAAAGAAAGAACGUUCAGUAUUGUUGUAAAUUCAAAAAAAAAAUCACCUAAGAAAAUAAAAAUAGAGCCAAAUGAAGUUAAUGUUGUUCCUGUUAGUACAACACAACCUCCAAUUGAAAAAGAAAAUGAGAAUAUUAAAGAUGUAAAAAUCAAAGAGGAAGUAAAUGAAGAAAUUACUAUAGAUCAUAAAAAAAAAAAAAAGAAGUUCUUUAGAGGUGGAAGAUAUAAUAUUUUUAAAAAAAAAAUAGUACAAAAAGAACGUCAAAAAAUUAAAAAAGCUAUUUGUAAUCAAGUGAACUCUGAUAUUACAAAUUUUGACGCAGACUCAUCAGAAACCAACUCAGAAAGACAUUCUAUUUCAGUUUGUAGUGAUAUAGGCACAUUAAUAUCUAGUGAAAGAAAUGAUCAGGACGAUAUGGAUACCAUUAUUUCAACCAUUGAUGCUGAAGAUAAAAUACAUGACAGUGGGCUUGAAAUACAAGAAAUUCAUUUAUGUCUGUGUCAAGAAAAUAUUCAAGUGGUAAUAGUUGAUGAAGGAAAAAUUACCUGUAAAGCUCAUGAUUGUAUAGAUGGAAAAGUUUAUGCAUGUAAGAAUUUGGCUUCUCACUUAGAUGAAUAUGGCAACAUGCCUAUGUUAAGAGCUAAUGUUGCUCUACCUUAUGUCACAUACUGUGAACAUCAUAUGAGACGCUUCUUUUUACACCACAGUUGCCCACGUUGUGGACGGUUUUGCUCGGAGGGAAUAUUUAUGAUGUGCAAAAAUAAACAUUUUUUCCACAUUGGUUGCCAUCAAAAUGAUAGGGGUUGUUUACAUUGUGGUGACCCUGAUGUGUAUGAUUUUGAACUAAAAAAAAUUGUAAUUCCAUCUAAGAAACAAACCCAGCAUAGAGAAGAUUUUAAAUCACAUGUUACUGUUGAAGUGGGAAAAUUAAAGUUGAGCACUCUCGACUGUCCACCAGAAAUUGAUAUUUAUACAUUUUCUAAAUACUUGCAACAACUUAAAGAUGAAAUUGUUGAUACCAAACGCACUAAGCAUUCAGUUCAAGGACUUUAUGAAGCUUGCAAAUCAAAUAAUAUAAAAAGUGUUUUAUCAAUUUUAGGGGCGAAAUGCAAUCUUAUGUAUACUUUUCCUAGUAACCAUAACCGAACAGCACUGCAUAUUGCAUGUAGACAAGGAAACCUAAUGGUUGUAUACAUAUUAUUAAAAGCCGGUGUUGAUCCAAACCAAGUUGAUGACAAAAUGAAAUCCCCAAUGAGGAUGGCUGCUAAAAGUGGUCAUAGCGAUAUUGUUCAAUAUCUCAUCAACUUUAAUGGUAGCCCUGAAAUCAAAGAUAUACAGGGUAUGACCGCACUUCAUUUGGCUGCUAAGAAUGGAAAGUUAGAAUGUUGUAAGAUUAUAUUAAAUUAUCAACCUUCUAUGGUAAAUUGGAAAGAUAAUGGAGGAUGGACUCCUCUUGUUUGGGCUUGUGAAAAUAGUCAUAUUGAUGUCGUGAAGUUUUUUACUACAUAUAAACCAAAUACAAGGAUAUCAGAUGAUGAAAAUAAUGUUGCAUUACAUUGGGCAGCAAUUUCUGGAUGCCUUGAAGUUGUUAAAUGUUUGGUGGAGUAUGAUUCCGAAGUAAAUAUGUUCAAUGAAGCUGGGGAAACUGCACUGCAUAUUGCUGCUCGUAAAAAUGCUGUAGACAUAGUAUCAUUUCUAUUAGAUAAAGGUGCUAUGGCUUGGCAUAAAAACAAAGGGAAAAAAAGACCAAUUGACCUCUGUCUUCCAAAUUCAAAAUGCUAUAAUAUAUUAAAAAAUGUUCUACCAGAACAACGUAAACCAGUUACUGUUAUUCCUCCUUUAAACACUGUUAAGUUAAAUUAUACUGAAUCAGAACUUAAGCCCAAAACACCUGUUGUAAAAACCACUCCAGUUAUUAUAUCUGAAGAUAUAUCUCAUGGCUGUGAAGAUAAUCCUAUCAGGUGUGUAAAUGAAAUUGAUGAUGAAUUACCUAUUGAUUUUACAUACAUCAAAGAAAACUGUUACGAUGUUGGGAACUAUGUUGAUUCCGCCAUGUCUCAUAUAGCUAGCUGCAAUUGUGAUGGUGCUUGUAAUACAAAUGAUUGUAAAUGUGUAUUAGCUAACGGUGACUGUUUGUAUGAUGAAAAUGGGCGCUUGAAUUCAGAAUUUGAUUAUUUUAAUCCAAGUGUUAUAUUAUAUGAAUGUAAUUGGCGCUGUAGAUGUCAUAAACAACUAUGUGGCAACAGAGUUAUACAAAAGGGUAUUAAAGUAAAAUUAGAAUUGUAUAAGCAUAAAGAUAUGGGUUGGGGAGUAAGAACGCUACAACCAAUACCUAGAGGGACUUUUGUGUGCGAGUAUAUUGGUGAAAUAAUUACAGAUCAAAAAGCAAAUGAUUUAAAAGAAGAUUCUUAUUUAUUUAAUUUAGAAAAUCCUGGAGCUACUGAAUUAUAUUGCAUUGAUGCCUAUAACUAUAGCAAUGUGUCACGUUUUAUUAACCAUUCGUGUGAUCCAAAUCUAAUGUCUGUUCGAUCAUUUAUCAAUCAUCAUGAUAAAAGGUUUCCUAGAAUAGCAUUUUUUGCUGUCCAAGAUAUAAAAAAAAGUGAACAGUUAAGUUAUGAUUAUGGAACUGCUUUUUGGAAAGUGAAGAGCGGCUUUUUCACGUGUAAAUGUGGUAAAUCUAACUGUAGUUUUUCUGAUGAAACCAUCAAAAACCUCCAAAUUGAUUCAGAUAAUGAAGACAUAGAACCAGAUGAAAAUUCUGAAAAAAAUGAAAUUCCUGAUGAUAAACUAUUAGUUCAAGAAGUGCCUGAGACCAAUAAGACAGUUCGUAACACGUUGCGUCAAAGAACUAGAUUAUCUGUAUCUAUUAAUUCAUUAAAAAAAAAAACGGACUGCUUAAGUAAUGAAAGUUUAUUAAUGACUGUAAACAGUAUUCAACAAAAUGAUUCCAAAGGGACCAACAUGAUAUCCACGCCUAAAAAUAAGUUACUCGGAAAGACUAAAACUAUUAGUUUAAGUAGUGCUAUAAAAAACAAAGAAUCCCAUACAAAUGAAUCCAAACAGUUGUUAAAGGUAACUGAUAAACGAUUGUCAAAAACUACUGGAUCAAAAUUAAUACAAAAUAAAUUAAAACAAGUUGUUUUAAAAAAAGGUUUAGGUGAUAAAUUGUCAAAUGGAAACUCUGGUCCAUCAAUAAGUAAAAAAAUAUUUUCUGGAAAAAAAUCAUCAGUAGAUACUACUGAACAAGGCAAACUUUGCAAUGGUAAUAAAGUGUCCCAGGGAUCAACAAAAUUAAACAAAAAUAAAGCUAUUAAAACAUAUGUAUUAAGACGUAAAGCAUUGAAUCCUAAUAAAAAAAAUAUUUUUAAUAUGUUAACUGAUGGCACUUCUCGAAAUAAUGUUAACAAAUGUAGUAGAUUAAUAAACAAUACUAAGGUUAUUAUUUCCUCUGAUACUUCAAAUAGUAACUUUAAAAUGACUCGAGAUUUAAAGAAAAGUGAUCAGUUAAUAAACUUUAUUAAAACUGAACGAAUUGGUGAAGAAUUUAAAACCAAAUCAAACUUAGUUAAUGGACAACGUAAGCUUGAGCGGCCAAGAACAUCUGCAUCCGAAGAAGUCAAAGUAGAACCUAAUGAUGAAUUAUAUAUUAUAAAUGGUUGUAAUGAUGAAAGCUUUCUCUAUACUGAUCAAGAUAGUUGGUCCUCGAAGGGAUGACUGAAAUGACUGUAACAAUGAUGACAACAUUUAAAUAAAUAAUUAACUAUUAAAAGUUGAACCCAUAAUGAUACUUCUUUGAGAGAUUACUUAAAAUUUAUUAACAUUCUUGAAAUUAAUAGACUGAUAAUUUCUAUUCAAUUUUUAACUUAAAAGUUAAUUAUUAUCAAAAGUACCUAUUGACAGUGAUAAUUGUAAUUGAUGCAGCAAUAUACCAUAAGAUAUUUAAAAUUAAAAUCAAAUUAUUUUAAAAAUUUUAAUGACUGAA